ACAAACCUACUUUGAGACGUUUCCAGCGAAAUGGUUAAGCAACUGUACACGAUAAAUUCAUCGACGUCAGUUUACUUGUGACUUCAGCAUGAAAGGUUUCACUUCCACAGCGAGAUCCGAACUCAACAUUGUUUUCUUUGUGGUGUAUUCUAGUCUACUUGUAAUUCCAGUCACUGGCGGGUGCAGAUUGUCUGAUUACUUGUGUGACAACGGUAACUGUGUUACCCACAACCGUUUCUGUGAUGGGACUGAUGAUUGUGGAGACGGAAGUGAUGAACCCACGGGAUGCACAAAUUGCAACCGGACGUACUACGGUCUCGUUGGAACAAAGUAUCCCUUACGUAUGACAAAACCGUUUCAUCGCUCAUUUCCAUACGUCUGCCGGAUUACAUUUGUAGCUGAAGGAGGAGAUUACGGAGGCAUCGUGGAGAUCUCCUUUCUCUCCUUUCAGCUCGGUUCCUUCCAGUUAGAUGGGAGAGACAAAUGGACAUGCCAAGACGGAUCCAUGCAUAUCAUUGAGGAAGAAAAGCCAAACUACAAACCAACGUAUAAUUCGUUCACGGUUAGUAACGAUGGAGAGUCUAGUUAUGGCUAUUUCUGCGGUAAAAUGUCUGGUCGAAGGUCAACUUUCUAUAGUACGACGAGAGCUGUGGUUGUGACAGCGGUGUUUCCCCAGGUCCUGUCUCCGUACCUAGCAGUUCCCGGAGUGUUUCUUACGUACAGGUUUCAUCGGAAGUCGCUAAGCUUACUCAGUGAUGCAUUCGAGUCGAGAAUUACGGAGGGCACAAGGCUGUCCAGCUGGACCUGUGAUAGGUCUUUCAAUGAUUGCUACACUCGAAGGUGUUUAUUACGCUCCCCCAACUACCCUGGGUUUUAUUUGAGGAAUGUUACCUGUAACUACUGGAUUGAACAGUCUUAUGCUCCAUCUGGCUAUGUCGCCCAAAUUGAAAUUUUCCAAGAAAAUGAGUUUAAAGUCGACGUAGGAAGUGGGUUUUCCAGCACCAGAAAUGUAAUUCAUCGCCAACUGACAACCACUUGCCCAGGAGACGUCGUUCGUGUUUAUGACGGAAGAACAACAUCAGCUCCCCUAUUGGUAGAAUUCUGCGGAUCUGGAGCUGUCCCAAAGAUUGUCACGAGCGGUCCAACAGCUCUAGUACAGCUCAUUAGCCAUCCCUACCAACCACUUCGGAGAUCUCUUCUGGAGCUCAUAAGUUCGGUAAGGUUUCGUCCCGAUUCCGAAUUUAGGGUUAAGCGAAGAAAAUGCGAAUUCUACAUAUAUGGUAACCAAAACAAAAGCGGUUCUAUAUACAGUCCUUCCCAUAGUCUUGCCACAAACACAACUUGCGUUUUUAAUUUUAUUGGAAAAGCUCCUUUUUCGAAAAUAUGGUUAUACUUUGCCUCAUUUUAUAUCCCUGACUCCCAGGCAUGGUCUAAGGCAGAAAAAUGCGAUGUGGCAAAGCUACAGAUUUUUGACCCUUUUGUAAACGACCAGAAAAAGAACGCUUUGUUCAGAGGCUUUGGCUUUGGAGGUUUAGUAAGCAAUUACUGUGAAAAAUCCUACCCCCGAAUGUGUACUCACGCACGCGACGCCCCAGAUCUAUCUCCUCUCCGUCCCUGUCGUGUACCGGAAGAAAGCUAUCUGUCAGCCGGGCCUGAGAUGAGUGUGAUGUUUAUGGUCUACGAAAACUCCAAACUUAAACCAGUUCCGAGCACGUUCCUCGCCAGGUACGAGUUUAUCGACACCAUGCUGGACGGCUAUCCUGUUAACGGAGCGCGGUGUGACCGGCGGUUUGUCAGCAGGAUAAGUAACGCUGGAAAGCUACGGUCACCAAGAAAUCUGUUUUUUUAUGGUAGAGGUGGGAACUUCAACUUAAGGUGCUCGUUUCAUUUCGAAGGAUUACCAGGGGAGAAGGUUCGGAUCACCUUAGAAAACAUAUUGCUGGGAAGUCCGGAUUCAGGCUGCGAGACUCAUUUUGAUCCAGUCAGCAAACGUUACAACUGCCACCCGAGGGUAUCGACUUCGAGUUACGGACUUCUCAACACCACGGAGAAAAUCGGUAGUCUUCACAUUCCAGGGGACUGUGUAUGUGGGUCAAGCCACGUGAUACCCAGCACCCUUAUAUUAGAAUCGGUGAGCAAUGAGAUGCUACUGUCCUUCGUUGUGGAGGAAAUGACCACUAAAGACGAUUUUAAUGAUUUUUUUUUCACGGGAAUUUACGAGUUUAUCGCCCGUAGCUAUUGUGCCAAUGAAGAAGCAUUCAGUGGACCUGCUGGGGAUGUUUCUUUGAAGAUCCCCCCUGCAGUUGUAGAAAAUAUGGUGCCAUUUAGAUGUAGAUGGGUCAUUCAAGCGCAGGUUCAUAGAUUUUUAUAUUUCUCGGCAGAGGGGAGUUCUGAGGAUCGAGGUUGCCAUGGAAACAGGCUAUUAGUGUACAGCAUGUAUGAAAACAGGCGUAUAAAGACUAUAUGUUUGGAAAAAACGUCUGUCGGUUUUCGAAAAAUUACUCAAGUUUUUAGUCCCCUGUGGAAAUCAGAACAUUACCUACUAAACCAGUCUCACAGAGGUUUUUCUGACAAGUUGGUAAUUGAAGGGAUUUCCGUGAUGGCUGGAGAACUGUCGUUUAGUUGGCUAGAGGUUAUGAAGCCCUACGUAAGGUCGAGUACAGGGAAACUGGUGAGAAAUACUGACUGUCAAUACGAAUGUCCCGAAAUUCGGGCGUGUAUCAGCAGGGAUUUGUGGUGUGACGGAAAAAUCCAUUGUCCUUCUGGUUGUGAUGAAGUACCUGGCCACUGCCACGAAUUUCCUACUUUGUACGUCGCCAUUGGAGUCAGUGUAAGCGUUAUAUUGCUGUUUGUUGUGUGUUUACUGGUUACCACGAGAAUUUGUAGCCACGACCUAAGGAAAGGUUCUCAGCCCGUACCGACAGAAGAGGUUCAAAUGGAGACGACAAUUGGUUGAAUAAAAUGACGGAGACAAGAACUGGUUGAGUAGUCAUAGUAGAACAUUACCGAUAUGUACUUUAAUAAAGGUUGUGUGUGUUCCGCUGCUUUAAGGAGAAGAAUUUCAAAAUCAAUCAUUUUUGGGAAAUCGGCUCCAAAUAUAUGUUCUUAAAUCGAAUACAUUUGGAAAAAAAUGCUAUGAUAUUUGACUACUUCCACUGAAGUUUUAUUGAAGAACAACCAAAAAAAAAACACAAAAAAAAACACUGUGUAUAAAAUAAAAUUAAAUUCUGGGUGCUAAGAAUAAAUAAUUAAAUUGUUUGGUGGAGAUUAAAUGAAAAGUUAAAGUAACAGCCAGCAGGUGGAGCACAAUUAGAAAUAUUUUUCGCUCGUUCAAAAAAAAAAAGAAAGAAAAAAGAGCUUUAACAGAUGCCCUCUUAUAGUGAUUAACUACGUUUUAUUUGAGAUCAGCUGUUGAUCAAUUAAAGCUUGUGUUUAAAACAUAAUUUGAUGUUAUUGAUUGUUUCUAAAUGCUACGAAGUAUCUGACAAACACAGUCCUUUAUAAAAGCGGUUUUUAGUUUAAUUAUUCUCGAUUUUCUUUUCGCUUCUUCGAUUGGCUAUAAUUUAAGUUUUCGCUUCUUCGAUUGGCUAUAAUUUAAGUUUUCGCUUCUUCGAUUGGCUAUAAUUUAAAUCCUGGUGUGAUAUAUAUGCGAGUUCAAGAAUGAUAUAUUUUGUAUAAUGAUCGUCUCUUAUAUGUUAUGUGUAGCAUUUAGAUUUAUAAAAAUGGAAAAUGGUGUCCUACAAAUGCUGAAAUUCUAAAAGAUCACAAAAAAGGAAAUUACGUGUCUGAUUCAAGAAAACUAUAAGAUUUUCAAACAAAUAUUUGUCUCGAUUUGUAAAUUUCAACGUUUUUAGAACCUAAAGCUGAUGUUUAUUCUCCAUACACCGAGUGGAUAUAUAUAUAUAUAUUCUGGUAAACUGUUCGAAUCAUUGAUGGUGAUCUGUUGUUCAACUCACACUCAUCAACUCUCGCACACAUACACACAACCCUCGUGUUUAAGUCACUGUCGAGAAACACGUGGGCUUGGGUUCAAGACUACUAAUGAACAAAGGCCUAAUUUGUGCCGUCGCAACCAAAUCCCAGUAAAAUCAUAUUAAGAUAUGUUUUCUCGUAUGUUUCUAUUAUCUGUUUAUAAGUUGAGUUUUAUGUUUAUGAUAACUAAGGGUAAAUACGUUAGAAAGGAUAACAUAUUUAACUGCACUAAUUACCCGUGUAAGCUUAUGGUUACGUGUUAAUAGAAACGACGUAAUAUUUCAAUAUUUAUUUACUCUCGUGUGUGCACAACAUAAUUUUUCACCAACCUAUACUAAAAAAAAACUGAUGUUACUCAUAUUAUGUAAAAGUUUUUUUUUACCUAUGUGCUUUGAUCGUCGACUUGCAAGUGUCUUAAAUUAGUCACUCACUUUUAAAAGCGUCAGCCGUGACUGAAGUAAGGUCGACUUACAAGUCAUUCUCUAAAACACAAUUGAUUCGACUUUCAAGUGUCUUAAAUCAGUCACUCACUUUUAAAAGCGUCAGCCGAGACUGAAGUAAGGUCGACUUACAAGUCAUUUUCUAAAAUACACACACACACACAGCGAAAGAAACAAAAGUUCUAAAUUUUAAGUAAUUUGAUUAUUUUUGUCUCUAGGUUUGAAAGUGAUGUAAAUAAUUGAAUAUUAUACGUGUUUUGGUUCUUAACGUGUAAAGUAUAUACAUGAUUUAUUUAAUGCU